GUCUGAGAGUGAAAUAUGAAUUAUCUUACAUGGAGUGUUGUGUUCGUGAUAUCAUUAAGGACAGUGUUAUGUGAGAAACAACUUGGCAGGCGUCGAGUCGUCCCCGUGAUCUACCUUCAAGGUUCUCACUAUGAUGUUGGCUUUGACGUCGGUCGUAAUUUUGCGGCGAUCAUCAAGAGUUUCAUAUCAUCAUAUGGAAAUCUGAGAGAUUUUGAAAAAGAAUACAAGACGGAUACGGGAAGGAAUGCAUACGAUAAGACACUCGCGAAUAUGAAGAAACGGUUUCCGUAUUACGUAAAGGAAAUGCAAGGAGUCGCGGACGGCGCUAAUGUGCCAUUUCAUCAGCUUUUCCUUUUGCAAAUGGAUGACAUAAUCGGAACAAUCAACGACAACCACCUACCUCGUAACGACACAGGGGGCUGCAGCUCUUUGGCCAUUAAAACUCCUAAUAGCGCUGUGCUAGGACACACUGAAGAUGCUUUUAGUGAAACUUUAAACCACUUCUAUAUAAUGUCCGCACACAUCAUUCCCACACAAGAAGACAGAGAACUUGGAGCCAUCGAAGAGAGGUUCAGCUCACUUUGCUAUGCGGGACAAUUGCCUGGUUACACGAUGGGUUACAAUGAAAAUGGUUUAGUGUUUUCUAUAAACACACUGAGUCCUUUAGUUCUAAAGCCUGGAAACACUCCGCGUACUUUCAUCACACGAGCUCUUUUAGCGUCAAAGAGCUACGCCGAUGCGGAAAGAAUUCUACGUGAUGAAGGAUUGGGGAUCGGGAAUGGUUUCUCUAUGAACAUGAUCUGGACAAACAAGGCUGGUGAAAAACAAAUCUACAACGCUGAAGUUGCCCCCGAUCUUAAGGGUGAUAGAUCAAUUUUAAACAUUCAUAAGUACCUCGAUGAACCAUUGGUGCACACUAAUAUAUAUCAACGUAUUCCUAUAAAGGAAGUUAUUGGGCCAAUAAUAGACAGCAGCACAUUUCGCUUGAAGAUCAUACAUGAUCACGCGCCCCCGCAUACCCAGAAAGAUAUCAAAGACAUCCUAUCGGACACCAACGGUAUUGAGUUCCAAGUAUUCCAGGAAAAGAAAGAUUCUAUUAUCAAGACUAUCGCAGCGGGUAUAUUCGAUUUGGAUAAAAUGACAUGGAGCAUCUUUAUCAACAAACCGAACAUUUCAGAGCCUGUUGCCAUUUUACCUAUUAGAUUCUCAAUGUUAGAUAAAUCAGAUCAAUGAGUAAUAGACGUCUAAACAGCGGAAUAAAUUAAAACUCAUGAAAA